AAAAUAAAAUUCAGUUAUCUCUUGAUAGGUUUCGUUUUUAACGACAUUUUGUGAUGAAUGCGCCACCCCUCCCCCGCAGGAAGUAGUGCUGGCUACGCCCAUGGGGGGAUACCUUUGUGGUGAGUUUCAUGGGUCUUCAUCUGAAUUAUCUCCCCCAAAAGGAUCGCUUUCCGAAGAAGAUAUACUCAAAUCUUCAUCCAGAGUAUUUGAAAUUUUAGGUAUACCCACUACAGUAGAAUCAGUCAAGUAUGCUGAGAACCUUCAGUUACAAAUGGAUCAUGAGCCUCUCAAAAAAGUUUUUACAAGCUACAGUGGGAUUAAACAGAUACUUACGUACAAGGGGAAAAUGAACAUCUAG